AUGGCCACGGCGGCGACCAACCCCUACAGCAUCCUCAACUCCGGCGCGCUGGUCCACGCCGACUCGGCGGCGAUGCAGCAGGGCGGCCCGUUCCGCAACCCGCAGAAACUUCUGCAAAGUGACUACUUGCAAGGGGUGGCCGGCAAUGGGCACCCGCUGGGCCACCACUGGGUGACCAGCCUGAGCGACGCGGGGCCCUGGGCGGCGGCCUUGAGCGGCGGCGGCAGCGGCGGCAACUCCCUGGACCAGCCGGACGUCAAGCCGGGGCGGGAGGACCUGCAGCUGGGAGCCAUCCUCCACCACCGCUCGCCGCACCACGCCAGCCACCACUCGCCGCACCACGCCAGUCACCCCAACGCCUGGGGCGCCACCCCGGCCCACAGCUCGGCGCUGCCGGUCAGCGGCGGCCAGCCCCCGCCGCCGCCGCCACUGAACGUCUACUCGCAGGCCGGCUUCACCGUCAGCGGCAUGCUGGACCACGGCGGGGGCCUGACGCCGCCACCCGCCGCCGCGCCGCCGCCGCCGCCGCCCGGGCUGCACCCGGUGCUGCGCGACUCGCCGCCGGAGCCGGGCGAGCUGGCCUCCCACCACUGCCCGGAGCACUCGGACGAAGAGACGCCCACCUCGGACGAGCUGGAGCAGUUCGCCAAGCAGUUCAAGCAGCGGCGGAUCAAGCUGGGCUUCACGCAGGCCGACGUGGGCUUGGCGCUGGGUACCCUGUACGGCAACGUCUUCUCGCAGACCACCAUCUGCCGCUUCGAGGCCCUGCAGCUCAGCUUCAAGAACAUGUGCAAACUCAAGCCGCUGCUGAACAAGUGGCUGGAGGAGGCCGACUCGUCCACCGGCAGCCCCACCAGCAUCGACAAGAUCGCGGCGCAGGGCCGCAAGCGCAAGAAGCGGACUUCCAUCGAGGUGAGCGUCAAGGGGGUGCUGGAGACGCACUUCCUGAAGUGCCCCAAGCCGGCGGCCCAGGAGAUCUCCUCCCUGGCGGACAGCCUCCAGCUGGAGAAGGAAGUGGUGCGCGUCUGGUUCUGCAACCGGCGGCAGAAAGAGAAGCGCAUGACGCCGCCGGGCGACCCGCCCCAGCCCCACGAAGUGUACGCGCACAGCGGGAAAACGGACGCCUCGUGUCACGACCUUUGACUAUGACGGACCCGCUCAGGACCCGGGGAGCGGCGCGCCCAGCCGGACGGGCGCGCGGGCGGGCGGGGGUUGACCUCACGGCGUUGUAUUUUCCUUCCUUCCUUCC